AUGGAUCUGGCAGCGCCCUCAAUCGGUGUCGACCAGGCAUACCGCCUUGCGGUGGCCGAGUUGUUUGUAGGCACUUGCAGUCAAUACGCAAACAUUAAUGUCUUGGACUCUGAGAAUGGUUUCCAGUCUGGCCAAGUUCCCCCUCCCCCACUUGAGCAUCUUCAUGUCCCGUCAUCAAACCGAACCAAACCACCUCCCAAGUGCGACAAGCCCGACUACCGCAAACGUACAAAAUCACCGCAACCUUUCAGUGAGGCUCGAAGCCAAAAAGGCACACCAAACGACAAUCUCCGGACACACAAGUCGAUUGACACAGGAAACCGAAUGGACGAAAGAGAUCCCGCAGCGGCGCCCCUUAGCGUCCAGCCUGUCGCGGACCCCACGCAGACCAAUGUCGAUGCCGUGAGUGCGUCUCGUGAGCAGGUCACUGGCGCCAUGUCAGGUCUGGCACCGGGUCUUGGGUCUGGACCAUCCGUUGAGAAACCCCAGGAACCAGCUCCUUCAGUUCAAGCUCAUCCACCGUCUGCUGCACAAGCACAAGCACGAGCACAAGCACCGACAUCACAGCCUGCCGCCGGGCCAAACAUUGCUGCGCCGGCUCCAGGUCCAGGUCCAGCUCCGGCUUCCAGUCACGAGCAGCCCGCCCGCCGUGUGCCUCAAUUUGUCGCUCCCUCAUCCUACCUCCGAUUCAAGACCUCGCACGGCAGCGCCAUGGCAGCUGCACCGGAACCGACUUCGACUCCGAGUCCGCCGAGUCCGCUAGAUAAGGAACAACGUCAAGGACUGAAAGCCAUCCGCGAUUUUCUCAAGGUUCGCACUAGCUAUGACGUCUUACCGCUGUCCUUUCGUCUCAUUGUCUUGGAUACCGACCUUCUCAUCAAAAAGACACUUAAUAUCUUAAUACAAAAUUCAAUCGUUUCGGCGCCGGUAUGGGAUUCGCAGAGAGGACGAUUUGCAGGCAUUCUAACGGCCACCGACUACAUAAAUGUUAUUCAAUACUAUUGCCAAUUUCCUGAUGAGAUCAGCAAGCUUGACCAAUUUCGGUUGAGUAGUUUACGAGACAUCGAAAAAGCCAUCGGCGCGACGCCAAUCGAAACGGUAUCUGUACAUCCCUCUCGACCGCUUUACGAGGCUUGCCGUCGCAUGCUCAAGACCCGUGCGCGACGUAUCCCUCUCGUGGAUGUCGACGACGAGACUGGCAGGGAGACUGUCAUUUCUGUCAUUACCCAAUACCGUAUUUUGAAAUUCAUCGCCGUCAACAACGAGCACAAUACUGUCAUGCUGAAAAAGACGGUUCGAGAGAUUGGCUUGGGUACCUAUACCAAUUUGGCCACCAUGCACAUGGACAACACCGUUUUGGACGCUAUUCACAUGAUGGUCGACAGAAAUAUUAGUUGCAUCCCGAUCGUCGACGCCGAGAAUCGGGUUCUCAAUGCCUUUGAAGCGGUGGACGUCAUUCCCUGCAUCAGAGGCGGAGCAUACGAAGAGCUGGAUGAUUCAAUUGGGGAGGCACUAUGCAGACGACCCGACGACAGCCCGGGAAUCUAUACCUGUGGAGAGGCAGAUCGACUUGAUUCGUUGUUCGACACCAUCCGAAAGAGCAGGGUCCACAGACUGAUCGUUGUUGACGACGACAACAAAUUGAAGGGUGUCAUUUCGCUUUCGGAUAUCCUCAAGUAUGUAUUAGUUCAUGGAGAAGAAGACUCGCCUUGA